AUGGGCCAAUCGAGACCAGUCGACUUAAAAAUGAAGAGAAGAAGAGGAAAAGGAAUGGUAGCAGCGAAUAUUGCAAGAUGUUUUGUUGCAUUGUGCAAUAUUCAGAACAGAGUCGAGCAAAAAUCACUCUCCUUCCCAGCUUCAGCGGGGGCGGGGCCGCCUGCCCCGGAGUCGGACGUGAAAGCAGUGAAGCGCCGAUGCGGCAGCCAGAUCGAAACUUGCGUGAGCAGUGAAGAUGAGAUGAUGAUUGAUCGACGACGGCAAGAGCGAAUGCUUUGGGCAGAGCGGCAAGGGUAUGUAUGGCUUGGGGGUUGCUUGUAA